CAGUUGAAACACAGUCGAUUCUUUUAAUUUAUACAUAUGUAGAAUUGUCACAAAUUGUAUUAAUAUGGCUUAUUCCUCCACACAAAGACAAAUCUAUUUUUGCAACUUCCGUACCAUUUAAUCUGGAGAUAAUUAAUGACAUGGAGAAUGAGAUGGAUGAGGUGUUGAAUUUUCGAGGUUCACGUGGUAGCAACUUGUAUAGUGAUAAUGUUGAAAAUUCCGAUAAAAUUGAAUCAUGUACAUCUUGUCUUAAAGAAUUAUCAGAUGCUCUUCUUCAACCAGCAUGGCAAUAUCUUCAAGAUUGUAAUUGUAAAAAUCUUGUGAUAUUCCCUCAAGGUCUUUUACAUAAUAUUCCAUUCGCAGCAUUACCAGUACCAGGCCAACCCCAAAAUCAUUAUCUAAUUAAAGAAGGAUAUACAAUUUUGUUUGGUUUUUCGAUUAUUAUAUUCCGGUAUCUUAAUACCAGUUCCGAAUCUAACCAAAAUAUUUUACAAAUGCCCCCUGAUUAUGCGACUGUUGUGGGUUAUCCAUCCGUUCAUGAAAACUUGACAGAAAAUUUUGGACCUUUAAUCAAUAUGAAACGAGAAUGUGAAAAAGUAGCAUUUCACUUAAAUUCAUCACCAUUAACAGAUAUUCAUGCUACCAAGAAAGCUGUACUAAAUGAAGUUAAGAAUGCAUCUAUUAUUCACUUUGCUACUCAUGGUUCUCUCAAAAUAAAAUUCUUAAGAGAACCACCUCCAUUUGUUCGUGGAGCAUUGUUAGUAUCAUGGAAUCCGGAAGAAAGUGAGGGAAGCUUUGAAGAAGGAAGGGAUCCGUUUGUAAAAGAACCACCUGGUGAAAUGCUAGGAGAAUCACUAUACCCUUUACAUUUAUAUUUAGAAGAUUCAUAUGAUGAAUGGGAUGCAGUGGUAGAUUCUUACGAAAGUCAGCAUUUUAUUUUUGCAACAGAAUUAGCAGCUAAUAUUCGAAAGGAGUGCACUUUCGUUGUCUUGGGAGCAUGUAAUUGUGGUGGAGGACAGAUGGCAGCAGAAAGUGUUAUCGGAUUUACACGAGAGCUUUGUGCUUCUGGCGUUCGGCUUGUAUUGGCGAGUCCACGAAAGGUUAUUGAUGACGUCACAGCUAAAUUAAUGGAUAUUUUUUACCUAGAAUUAAAAAAUGGAGGUCGAGUAACUGAAUGUUUAAACAAAGCAAUGUGUCACUUUAUUAAUUCUCAUCCGGCAUAUUGGUGCUCCUUUGUUCUUACUGGUGCGGAUUUGUUAGUAAAAAAGAAAGGUGAGAUCAAUGCUUCACAAGAACUAAACAUAUAG